AUGGCUCCACGUUCCUGCACUCCUCUCUCCAUCUCAUCUGCUGUUUGAGACGCGCACCGGAGGAGCGUCACACGGAAGCGAGAUUCAUGCGUAAAAGGAACGAUGAUCGUGUCCACCAUUCAGUUGUUUUAGUCUUUGCGCAUUACGCGCGAAUUGUCGGGACGAUACAUCAAUCUCCAUGUCCAUGUCCAUCGUCAGUGUCCGUCUGUCUGUCCGGUAAUGUGUCCAACCCACUGAUCUUUUGCAGACUGUAAUCUCAUCAGUGUCAAACCGGAGCUGCCCUUUCCUCUCGGGUACUUUCUGGCGUUUGCGCCCAAAUCUGGAUAAAAGAAACGAUUUUUUAUCAGAGAAAAACUUUUAUUCGUUACAUUUACAGUUACAGGCGCGUUUGAAUGUUGCGAUAAAAUGAACAUUUGACUGUUUUAAACUCCCGAACCAGAAGAAGACAUGGAGUCUACAUGUAAAGAAAGGAGUCUUUUAUACUUACUUCUGUUUGCAAUAUGCACAGCCAGCGUUUGCUUUUGUGCAAGAAGAUCAAAUGCUCGGAGAUCUGAUCGUCUGAGUCCUCCAUUAGACAUCCAGCUGGAGACAGUCAACUGCACUGCCUUUAGUGUACGAUGGAAGAUGCCCCGGCGACAUGUUAGCACCAUCACUGGAUACAAGGUCUUCUACACAGAGAUGAGGAAUGGCCUUCCAAUGGGUACAGCAUCUUUAAUGGAGGUGCCUCUCAGCUUGGACAUGCUGACCACUGGGCAAUUUGACGGACAAGCAAGCUUUGAUGUGGACAUCGGUAACCUUAAGGUGAACAGUAAGUACAGAGUCACCGUUGGAGCGUAUGGCUGGGCAGGAGAGGGCAGACCCAGCAUGCCCAGAGACAUCGGCACUGCUUCACAUGACAUGUGCAUGCCCCCGUCGCCCCCCACUCAGCCUGUUGUCAUGGCUGUAUCUGACACGGAGCUGGCGUUGUCAUGGCAGCAAGGAGAGAGCGAGGGAAGCGCACCUGUCCUUCACUUCCUGGUGGCUUACAUCAGGCCAGAAAUGGACACGGAGUGGACGUAUAUCCGUGAGCCCAUUGAGACCAACUCCAUGGUUUUGAAGGGGUUAGUGCCGGAAACAGAGUACCAGUUUAUCAUCAGGGCGGCCAACGUGCACGGAGUCAGCCCACCCAGCAUUAUCAACAACUCCGUGCGCACUCUCGCUGCCGUUCGGUAUCGAGGAGACGUGUUUGAGUACGUGGUGCAGCAGCCUGAGUACAGGCUAACAGGUGCGUCAGAUGUUGGUAGUGGUGAUAUCGGGAGUUACAUCACAGAUUCAAGGAGCAAAGAUGAAGACGGCUUCGACAUCGAUGACUCUGAUUAUGACAUCUUUAUUGAAGAGUUGAAACCGUUCCCAGGUAUAAAUCAGGACAACAGGAAGUCCCAGCUCCGUUCACGACCUGAUCCGCCAUCUGGUCGGAACGUUGUUUACCGUAUGAACACCAUCGCUCCUCCCAACGCUACUGAUGCCCCUCCAGCUUCCUCCAUCACCUCAUCCAUCUUCCCAGAUUUCACAGAUUUGAUUUUCUCAACCACCUCAGAGCCCACCACAACUACUGCCUCACUCACCACUACCAGCAUCACGUUGCCCACCACCACUACCACCCCAACCAUGUCCCCCUGGAAAGGCGAGGCACCUCGUGUGUACGACCUGACCUGCGAUGACACCGUGUGCCCCCCCGACAGCUUCUGUCUCAGCGACUACGACGGUGGAGGCUCACGCUGCCACUGUAACCUCGGACGCAGAGGGGACACUUGCUCUGAGGUGGUGUCGGUGAACUUUCCGAGGUUCUCUGGCUACUCUCACAUGACCUUUGAACCCUUGAAGAACUCUUACCAGACCUUUCAGAUCACUUUGGAGUUCAAGGCAGACUUUGACGAGGGCUUGUUGCUCUACUGUGGAGAGAACGAACAGGGCCGUGGAGACUUUACCUCUCUGACUCUGGUACGAGGCAAGCUGCACUACAGGUUUAACUGUGGUACAGGAGCAGCUCAGAUAGUCAGCGAGAGUCGUAUUGUUGUCGGUCAGUGGCACACGGUCACCAUCUUCAGAGACGGUAUGAGCGGCUGGCUGCGUAUGGACAACGACACGCCCAUAUCUGGACGCUCGCAGGGCCAGUACACUAAGAUCACAUUCCGCUCCCCGCUCUAUGUGGGUGGAUCUCCGAGUGCUUAUUGGCUGGUCAGGGCGACGGGAACAAAUCGUGGCUUUCUCGGCUGCAUUCAGAGUCUGACCAUCAACAACAAGGCGACAGACAUCAGACCUUGGCCUCUGGGAAGAGCUCUGAGUGGAGCUGAUAUAGGUGAGUGCAGUGACAGCGUGUGUGACCUGGUCAGCUGUGCCAACGGUGGAGUCUGCUUUGCGAACCGUGCCGACGGCUACAUUUGCCUGUGCCCGCUCGGCUUCAGGGGAGCACUUUGUGAAGAGACUUUCUCACUGUCCUCACCUCUCUUCAAUGAGACAGUGUUUUCAUACGCUGUCAUCCCGUGGCCUCAGUCCUCUCAGAGUUAUCUGUCCUUCACGGAGUUUGAGCUGACGUUUUGGCCGUCGAUGCCCGACGGGACGCUGCUGUACAGCGAUGACGCAGGCAGCGGAGACUUCCUGGCUAUCAACCUGGUGGACAGAUAUGUAGAGUUCAGAUUUGACUGUGGCUCUGGAGGAGCUACGAUAAGGAGUGAGGAGCAGAUCAGUCUGGACACAUGGCAUGAGCUGAGGGUGUCUCGUACAGCAAAGAGUGGCAUCCUUCAGGUGGACAGCCAAAGGCCAAUGGAAGGAAUUGCUGAGGGCGCUUUCACUCAGAUCAACUGCAGUUCACCUCUUUAUAUCGGCGGAGUACCAGAAUACGAUAAAACCAAGAGGACAGCAGGUGUGAUAAAGCCCUUCACUGGAAUUAUUCAGAAGCUGAUACUCAAUGACCGCACCAUCCCGAUAACAACUGGCUCCGCUGGUGGAGUUAACGUGGCAAAUUCAGCUCACCCAUGUGUGGAAAGUCCCUGUGCCAACGGAGGGACCUGCAGGCCGAAGUGGGACAGUUAUGAGUGUGACUGCCCUCUAGGCUAUGAUGGGAGGCACUGCCAGAAAGAGUGUGGGAAUUACUGUUUGAACACUGUGACUGAAGCCAUCGAGAUCCCGCAGUUCAUCGGCCGAAGUUACCUGACAUAUGACAACAGAGACAUCCUGAAAAGGGCGUCUGGGUCCAGGACCAACCUUUUCAUGCGGUUUAAGAGCACAGCCAAGGAUGGCCUGUUGCUAUGGCGAGGAGACAGUCCAAUGAGACCCAACAGUGACUUCCUGUCUAUGGGGCUUCAGGAUGGUGUACUAAUCUUCAGUUAUAACCUGGGCAGCGGUGCGUCUAACAUUGCUGUCAACGGGACCUUUGCCGAUGGAAAGUGGCACAGAGUCAAAGCUGUGAGGGAUGGCCAGUCAGGGAAGCUGACAGUGGACGACUACGGAGCAAAAACAGGCAGGUCACCUGGAAAGAUGAGACAACUCAAUAUCAACGGACCCUUAUAUGUUGGUGGCAUGAAAGAGAUAGCUCUUCACACAAACAGACAGUACAUUGGAGGCUUGGUGGGCUGCGUGUCCCACUUCACUCUCUCCACUGAUUAUCACUUAGCACUGGUGGAGGAGGCUGCUGACGGCAAGAACAUCAACACCUGCUCCAACUAGAAAAUGGCUUCAAUACGUGAAGGUCCGUUGUCAGCAACAUUUUCAACUGGAGCGAGCACCUCGACCAGCUGAUUUGUCAUCUUGAAACUGACUAAAAUAAUUACAUUUGGUCUACCAAUUCAGGGCUGACAUGGUAUGAACUCAAAGUGGGAAAAGACUAACAGCAAUGUUACUUUGAGUCACAAGAACAUUAAAGUGACUCCUGUGUGCAAAGUUUUCAAACCAACUCUAACCUGCCAAAUUGUACAUUUUAUUUUAACAUUAACAACUUGUUGAUGAAUUGCUCUGAAUCGUCCAAUCGUAUCUUUAUUUUUUCUACUUUAAAUCCUUAUUUGAUUGCUGGAAGAACCAAAUGAUCCGAGGGAUCAAGAGUCAUCACAAGUUUUUCAUGAACCUGACCUAGAGCAGCUAGCAGAGAUAAACUUCUUUGUAGAGGAUUUUGGUUUUGGCCCUAUAGAGGAUUUCUGUUGUUGUGGCAUUCGUAUUGUUGUUAGUGACGUAUUAUCAGUCUGUAGACUACUGUUUUUUAAAGUCUGAUUGAUGUCAGUUUUUUCAAAGGUUGCUAGUUUUGAAGAGGGAAGAUAUCAGCUGCACACAAUAUUUGUUUCUGUAUACACUCUUCUUUUAGUUUACAUGCUCCUUUAUUUUGAACUCUAAGAUACUAGUCACAUGAAAGUCUGAUGUUGACACGGUGAAGCAGCCAAAAUCCUGGAGGAAUUGUGCGUGACUGUUUCUAUCAUCUGACACCAGAAAUCACAGCCCUGUGGACUUCAGCCUUCAACUUGAGCUCCAAGUUUGUUUUCACACCAGAGGAAAUAGAUCAUAUAUCUUAUUUAAGCAUUUGCGGUGCAAGAUUGUCAAUUUAGUUUCCAUGCCUGAGCUUUACUUCUUAACAGGGACAUUCUGCGAAUAUUUAUCUGCAUUUCUAUCUAAAUUAUUAAUUAAUCUAUUCUGCAUUUUUUUAAAUUAUUCGUACUUAACGUAAUUUUUGUUGCCCCCCAACAAGUGACACCAAUGUGAAAAUAAGAUGAGAGCUACGCCCAUGGUUUCAAAGUUUGAGCUCAGAACAAAUCCAGUAAUAAAUUGUCAGUUAUUA